UUCAAUCACGCUCUCCACUCCCUCAGACUUCUGAGAAAUCAGCAAAUUAGGUUUUGAUAUAAAAGGCAGAUUCUGAGCCAAAAACCUGAGUUUUAGAGGGCGGCGGGGUUUGGACGAGGAGACCUCUCAGCGCAAGGCUUGUCGAUACAAAAUGCCUAAGCAAAUCCAUGAGAUUAAGGACUUCCUCCUCACUGCGAGGAGGAAAGAUGCGCGUUCCGUGAAGAUCAAGAGGAGCAAGGAUGUGGUGAAGUUCAAGGUCAGGUGCUCCAAGUACCUUUACACCCUAUGCGUCUUCGACUCCGAGAAGGCCGACAAGUUGAAGCAAUCACUUCCCCCGGGUUUGAGUGUUCAAGACCUGUGAAGAGAAGACCUGGUCUCUUUUCCGAUUAUAAGUCAUUAGGAGAUAUGAGGACUUUGGAUUAUAUUUCCUGUAUUUCAUUAGCAAAUUCAGGAGAUUUUGAGUUUGUUGAACAAUUGCCGUUGUUAUGACCAAUCCUUUGGAAUUUUUUACUUGGAUGAGUUCACUAUGUUCAACUAUGAUUCUGACUCUUGAGUCUUAAAUAUGUUUUUCUUAA